AAGAGGAGUGAGCGGUGAGACAAAGAGGUGAAUUCCGCAGCAGACACGCGUUCAGCUGGCUACUAUGAAUAAGGACAGAGUAUUUCGGAAGCUCUUCGUGGGUGGGUUACCUUAUCACAGCAACGAAAUCUCUCUCAGACGUUACUUCCAGCGAUUCGGGGAGAUUGAAGAAGCAGCGGUGAUAACGGACAGGUUAACCGGACGAUCUCGAGGUUAUGGCUUUGUCACCAUGGUGGAUUGGGCUGCAGCAGACAGGGCGUGUAAAGAUCCUAAUCCCAUCAUUGAUGGAAGAAAAACUAAUGUGAACCUUGCCUUUCUUGGGGCCAAGCCCCGCAUGGUACAUUCAGGAGCUCUAGGCCUGCAACAAGUUCAUUCAACUCUGAUGCAGAGACCAUAUGGUGUCGCACCAUACCUGAUCCCACAGACCAUCCUUCAACCUGGCCUGGUUCUGCCUUCCACCUCGUACCUGGACCCCAGUGUUGCAUUGUAUACACAGUAUCCUACCUAUGAACAUUUUUACCCAGCCUCCCCUCAGUACCCCAACCUUGGCUACACCUAUACAAUACAGCUUCCAUUACAGACUGGAAUUCCAAACCUGAGUCAAGGCCAACAUGAGCCAACAACAUUGCACACAGCCGGACUUCAGAGACGAUAGCCUUGUGCCUGCUUUCUUUAAUGCUGUUGAAAUCUUGAAUGCUGACUCAAAGGAAAUUCUAAUACUGCUGGGUUCAUAUAUCAACAGUACCAUUUGAAGCUACGACUAUUGAAUUCUCAAUACAAAUACAACUUUUAAAAUUUUUCUUUAAAAAAAAUUCAUCC